CUUACAUUGCCAACAAGUUACUGACUGUCAUCAGAAUGGCGAGAUACGGUUCAUGUCUUGGGAUGAUUGAAGUCUUCAAUACGCAACCACGAUGAGACGACUCGCCUGGCGUCUAGUCCCCUGCCAUCAACGCACUCCCCUCCUUGCGCACAUGUCUACUCCUCGUCUACCUCGAUAUAGUCCAAGUCAAUCUCUCAUACCUUUCAGAUACAUCACGUCCUCGACUUACGACCCAUCCGCCUUCGAAUAUGAGCUUAUUGAGGACGUGGAAAGGCUGGAACGGUAUCGACCCGGGGGAUACCAUCCAGUUUGCGUGGGAGACGUACUACAUAACCGAUACCGAGUGAUCCACAAGCUAGGCCACGGGGCAUUCUCUACAAUCUGGCUCUCACGCGACGAGCAACGCGCAGCCUAUGUGGCUAUCAAAGUCAGCGCCGCAGAUUCCUCUGCUCACGAGGGCGAAAUCUUGCGCUCCAUCACAGAUAACUGUCCGACGACCGCUCAAGGUCGUUCAAUGAUCCCCGUCGUCCUGAACCAGUUCGAGAUCCAGGGCCCGAAUGGCCAUCACAGAUGCUAUGUCACUGCCCCCGCUCAGAGCAGUGUAUCUGCAGCGAUGUUCUGCCGUCGCUUCCAAAUAGAAACUGCCCGUGUUCUGGCUGCUCAGCUUGUGUUGGCUGUUUCAUGCCUUCAUUUCCAGGGUGUUGUCCAUGGAGAUAUUCAUCUCGGAAACGUUUUACUCCGCCUUUCAUCCAGCCUCGACGAACUCUCAGUUGAGCAAUUCUAUGAAAAGUUUGGCAAACCAUACACAGAACCAGUAAUACGACUCGACAACCAACCUCUCCCUCCCGGCGUCCCAUCCCACGGAACCUCGCCAGUCUGGCUAGGAAAAAGAGCCAACGAGAUCCCUCCUGAAGAAGCUUACCUUCCCCUCAGCGACUUCGGUGAAAGCUUCUCUCCCUCUAAUCCACAACAUCAACGACUUGGUGAAGAUUGCCACACCCCUCUUCCCGUCGCACCACCCGAAGCCUACUUUGAACCUACCAAGCCACUCUCCUUCUCCACCGAUAUCUGGACUCUUGCAUGUGCCAUGUGGUCUAUCUUUGGGUUGCGUUCGCUGUUCGACGCCACACUUGCUACGCUAGAUUAUAUGGACUCUCAGCAGAUAAAUCUCCUCGGGCCAUUGCCGCGCGCAUGGUGGGUCUCGUGGGAGGCGCGACACGAAUACUUUGAAGAGUCGGGAGAACCAAAGAAAGGUCGGUUUGUUUACCCGAGUCUUGAGCAGAGCUUCGAGAAGUAUGUGCAGGCGUCGCGACGGAGAGAUAAAAUGUGUUGCUUCAGCGAUGAAGAGAAGAGAGCUAUUCUGGAUAUGCUUCGUCCUAUGCUGGUGUUCAAACCGGAGGAACGAGCAACAGUCCAGGAUGUUUUACGUUCGGACUGGAUGGUACAUUGGGGUUUGCCGGCCAUCGAGAAAUCAUGUCCACAAAUUAUGAGACAUGUGUGAUAAGUUAGGACAGAUAUAUCGCUAUAUACCUUUCAAUCCUACCGAUACGAUACAAACGUUGCUGUGUUCCUAUGUUGAUUCUGUUUUGGGAAAUACGAAGGCAAUCUCCGGGG